GCGACUUACGUGUCCAACAGCGUCUGGACUGCUUCAAAUACGCGUGUCAAUAUCAACUGAUAAUACAGACGCUUGGUCAAGUCUCAAUACGCGGAUGUUGUGUUCUGUAAAAUUAUGAAGAAUAUUACAGUUCGUACGCCGUCAUCUGAUGAGGUAUUGAAUAUUCGGGAUUUUGUACGUGCUGGAUUAAAUGAACAUUGGUUUAGAGCUUACUACAACGGAAUAUUUCUCUCCGUACCCAUUCAGGCGGUCAUUCUCGUCUGUGUUUUAUUUAUUCUCACCUUCGUCGAAAAACUAAGAUUCCAAGAUGUCUCGAUAAUCAUCACAUGUGUACACUUGACAUUAGCAGGACUUGCCAGGCAAUAUUGGAGAAUGAUCAUAAACGAAGCGACGAUUGAAUUUGAAAGCCAACAAAAGUUUCAUGAAAUGUAUCUUAAACAAAGUGAAUCGAACUUCUGGAUAGCAGAGUUGAAACAUGAAGGUCGUCCAUCUAUCUUGGUGGGAACUGUCGGUGUUAGACUGCCAAAAAUUGAACACGCAUUUAAAAAUAAAGAAAAAAUCUGUUGCACUUCUCUGGAGUUAACGCGAAUGUCAGUUGCUAAAAGUUGUCGAGGAAGAGGAGUAGCCAAUAUUUUACUGAGUAAAGUCUUGCAGCACGCACACAAGCAUAAGAAGCAUGUUGUUCUCCAUACAACUGGUGCACAACCAGCAGCAAUGCGGUUUUAUUACAAAAAUGGCUUUCAACGAAUCGUAGAAAGAAAAGAGAGAGUGCUUAGUGGAGCAAUCAGCUUGCCAACAUAUUACUUUAUUAAAUUAUUUAAAGAAUAAAUUGACAGUGGUAUCGGCAAUCAAGGGACCUUAAAAGUAAAGUUGUCCACAGUGCUUGCUUCGUAGCCGGAGUAUAAGCAUUUAAAAGGCCAAGCUGCUGGUUACCGUUAUAAGCCUAUAGUGUCUUGAAUUGCUUCAACCCAUCGGCCACUAAUUGUUUGUUUAGUAAGUAACCAAAGAAUAUGAUAUAUACCACUACUAAUAUUGCGGAUGCCUAUGCUAUAACUCGCGAAAUAAACAUUUUCACAUCA